GUGUUUUUUUAAUUGAGUUCGCUAGGGUUUUUGAUGACUUUUAUUUCUUCUCUUUCAAUACCUUGUAAUAUCAUUCGUCCCGUCAUCGUGCCAAAAUUCAGAUUUUGAUUGGUGUAAGGACUUCUGGAUUAAUAAAGUAGUUGUCAUGCGGGGUUGAAUAAAUCGCGGGCCUGUUUGAGUUGUUCAUAGCAACGCCAUAGCAACAGUCGGUUGUCUCUUCGGUUUAUCGAGACUUUAACAAUGGCGGAGGAUCUCCUGAGCAGAGAGAAGGAAUUUCAUCGGUUGAAUAGGGAACUGGAUGAGGAGACGAAAGAGCUCAUGAAGGAGAUCGACAUCGUUGCCCAACCCAAAGAGUCUUUCGGCGCUUCUUUCACUUUCAAAUCUCGGUUUUCUUCGGCCUUCGAUGAUUUCUAUGCCGAGUAUCCACUACACAAUCAACCGGAUGAAAGAAAUAACGAGGCACUGACCUAUCCUGUGGAAUCGAAUUCAGCUUCAAUUCUAUCUCCGAAGCCUGAAACUUCAAAAAACGACGCAAUCAUCAAAAUUUUGCGGAAGAAAAUCGAAGUAUUGACGGUGGAAAACCAGGCGACGAAGGACGAAUUGAAGAAGAAAAGUAAUUGCAUCAAGGAUUUGGAGGCAGAGAAUCAAAGGAUUUCUGCGAUGAAGGAUAAAUUGUAUAGUCAAAACAACUUGCAGAAGGAGUCACUGGCUAAAAUGGAGGCACAGAUAAAUCAUCUUCAAACGAAUGCUCAUGAGCAAACGCAAGAGAAUGGAUUUCUAAAGAAGGAAAUUGAUUCCCUGAAGAAGGAAUGGAAAUCACUGACUCAGCAAUUGCACCAGCUAGACCUUCGUCUCAACAGAUCACUGGAAGAAAACGAAAAACUGCGAGCUGCUGUGAAGUGCAGUAAAAUAGAGGAAAAGGAGUUGCGAAGUGAAAUGAAAAAAUUCAAGGACAAUGAGAGGAAUAAUAUGAGAAAGGUGCAGAAGCAAAAAACUGAAAUACUGCAGGCGUUCAAAAAGCAGAUUCUACUGAUGGACAAUUUAAGGAAACAAAAGGCGUUGUUGGAGGUUUCGAAGCAAGUGCAGUUGACACAACAGGAUCUGUCGAAAAUAUUGAACUGGAAGGGAGGGGUUGGUGAUCACAAUGGGCCAUUGGGAUGAAUAGAAUAAGGAUUGAAGAGUUGAGAAAAAAGUACUAAAAUGCGGGGAGAACU